CUUGCAUUUUGUUUCUUCACUCAGACUAUGCAAGUUUAAAGUUUAUGCAACCGAAAUUUUAAUAUAUUUAUUUCAGAUGCAAACAUUAAAACUGCUGUACUUUUUAGAUAUAAUCCAUAGUUUGUAAUUAUAAUGUGCAGUGAUUGUAUUGAUAUUAAUGGAAAUUAUUCAUAUGAGAAUAUAACUUCAAUGCGUUUACGAAGAUCACACACAGACAUUAAUAUGUGUAUUAGGAAUUUAAAUCAGUCGGAAAAGGUUGUUUCGGUUGACUGCAAAGAUGAACAGACCCAGAUGUUGUUCAUUGAUGCGUUUAUCCAGAAUAAUCGUCUGGAUCACAUAACCCAGAUGAUGGGUUAUCACCCAGACUACUUGGAUUGUUUCCUCCGCACACAACAGUACCUGCUGCGAGGAGAUGGUCCAUUACCCUACCACUACAGACAUUACAUAGCUAUAAUGGCUGCUGGUCGACAUCAGUGUAGUUAUCUGGUUAACCUUCAUACACAAGAGUUUAUAUUGGCGGGAGGUGAUCUCACAUGGUUGGAUGGUGUGCAGUUUAUACCACCAAAGUUACGAGACUUGUACGAUAUCAACAAAAUACUUGCACAUAGGCCAUGGCUUAUAACAAAAGACCACAUAUCAAAACUUACAAAAGGGAAAGACAAUUGGUCAAUAUCUGAGCUUGUACAUGCGUUGAUAUUGUUGUCACAUUUCCAUGCACUGUCAAGUUUUGUAUAUGGUUGUGGUAUAACUCCUGAGGUGGACCAUGAAGGAGGGUAUACGUAUAACAGCAGUAAAUCAUCACCGUCGAUGAGUAAUGGAAACAGUAAAUCUUCCAGCAAGCACUCGUCACCUUCUUCUUCAUUCUCUGAGUCUGGUGGAGAUCUGGGUAUAGAUGUAUUGAUGGAGAGGAUGAAGAGACUUACAGAAUCUGAUGAUACGAUGGAGAUGACCUCAGAAGAAUUGUUACAACAGUUUGAAAAGGUCGAAAACCAAAGUGCUGAAAUCACAACAAGUGCUACCAUACCUACGCCAAAGAAAGAUGUAUUAAAAUUUGUGAUGGAACCUGACUUUGUUUACCAAGACUUUGCAAAACGAGGAAGCCCAAGUGAUAUUCCGUCAUUCCGGGCACAGGAGUAUUCUUGGGAAGAUCAUGGCUUUUCUAUGGCCAAUAGAUACUACUCAGAAAUUGGAACACUCUUGGAUGACAAGUUCACAUGUGCUUAUAACUUGACUUAUUACACACUCGGUGAUAAAAUGAAUGUUGAUACAACUAUGUUCAGACGGGCAGUUUGGAAUUAUAUUCAUUGUAUGUAUGGUAUACGCCAUGACGACUACAACUACGCGGAGGUUAAUCAGAUGUUGGAGCGUAACUUGAAAGCUUAUAUUAAAACAGUGACAUGCUACCCAGAAAGACUUACAAAGAAAGACUAUGAUAGUGUCAUGAGGGAAUUCAAACAUUCAGAAAAGGUACAUGUGAAUUUAAUGUUACUUGAGGCGAGAUUACAGGGAGAGUUGUUGUACUCUUUACGGGCGGUCAUGCAGCAUAUGACGUGAACAAAUUCUCCGUGUUUUAGGACACAAAUAUAUUAAUGAAAGUCUCCGUUCACAACGCAUCUUCACACCUCUUGGCAACAGGCAGUUACCAUGGAGUUUGGUUUCUAUGGUGAUGACAUAGCAUCACAUUGGGUAUUCUUUGUGCCACAAACUUUUACCAACUGACAACCUAUUUUAUUUCCACCAUACUGGACAGCCUUACCAAGACGUUAUAGAUGUAUUAAAGUGCCAGUAGUUAAUUAUACAUGAUAAUGAACAGUUUUGUAAGAUCUAUAUUUGAUAGUUGAAAAUGAUACGAUAAUUUUAAUGUAAUUUGGAUAAAUAACUUGUCUCAUUUGUCAAAUAUAUCAGUCAAUAUAUUAGGAUAUUUGUGACAGGUCAUUAAAAUUUUAUCAUUACUGGUUAAGAUAGGUGUGUAAAUUAUAAAAUUCCGCUUCUAUCUAGUACAUUAUCAAAGUUUUUGUGAUAUGUUUUGAUAGAUAUUCAAAUCAUUAGACAUAACAUUAAAUUUUUGGUCACUAAAGAGUCAUCCUAAUUGUAAUUUUGUUAUCAAGUUUAUUUAAAUAUUGAAACAAGGAAAUACCUGAUACUGUAUUGUAUUAUCUUGGUAAGGAUUGUGUGAAUUAUCAAAGAAACUAUCAUUUUAACAGAUUGGCUAAGUAGCUUUGCUACAGUUAGGUGGUUUGCGUAGACUGUAGUGCCUAAAGUUAGGCAGAUCUUGAGGAUUUGAUGGGCAUUAUAAGAGUCAUUUGGUGUUGAGACUUAGUAUUUUGUUACAUCGAAAUGGUGCAUAUAUUUUUUCUUUGGCAAUUUAUUAGAUGCUUCAAAUUGAGAAGAUUUUACUGUAACAAUUAUACUGAGCAUUAAAGUUUGUGUAAAUGAUUAUUUUUGCCAUAUUUUCCAGUGAGCUUUCAGUUUUGUUUGUUUAAAUGUAUAAAUGAGAGAGAUAUCUGUGACAUAAGGUCAAUGACCUUGAUUUUUUGACCUUGACCUCUGAAGGUCAUGAGUGUUAAUCCUUCAUCUGUGAUACAAGUUGUAGUAUUUUAUAUGAUUAUAAUUUGCGUUUAUUUAGAACAGGUUUAAUGAACAAAGCAAUUUUCUUUAUUUUUCUUUGAGAAUAUGUGUGCUGUAAAUGUUUUACAUGUAUAUAAAAUGUAGGGUUAACCUUCCAUAAUGUAUAAUAUUUCACUUUUUACUUUGAUUUUAGAAUUAAGUACCAGAAUAGCAUGUCGAAUUUCCACAAGAAACCACCUAAAUUUCUAUGAAAUUGUCAUUUUAAUAUUUCAAAAUAAUUUUUUUAAUAUGUUAGGUUUGAAAAGUCCUUAAAAGUUAAAGCUUAUAUCAGACAAUAACAAGAGAUGUUUUGUUACAUUGACAAUUUAAAAGUCCUAUGUUUACCACAUAUAUUUUUCUUAAUAACCUGAAUUGUUUUAUGUAGAGCAGAAAUAAAUUAGGCUUAAGGUUUUGAAGUGGAAAUUUCACAAAAUCAUCAAUCUAGUGUUUGAAUUACUGGGAAUACAGAAUUUCAGUUUUAGGAAGUUUAUUUUCUCGAAAAUACAUUUAAUAAAAAGCUUUGUUCUUUUUCUUUAAGGAUUCAAAAAUAAGCUCUUUAUAAAGAAAAAAAAACAACAACAAAAGAACAAUAGUUGGUAUAGGUCUGACAGAUUUUGUAAUUAAAUAAGUAAUGUUGGAAAGAUGUUGAGUUCACAUAUAGAUGUAAUUAUGGGAAUGUAUGUAGGCAGUAUUGUGAAAUAUUCAGAUAAGCUGACAUUCUUUACCUCAAAUAACUUAUCCAGUAUUAUCUUAAAACUUCAUUGUACACUGAACAAACCCUAUUUAACUUAGUCUUCUUUAAUCAUUCACUUUUCUUCAUUUUUGUUGCAUUUCAAAAUCAUUACUUAGAGACUUCUAUUUUGCCAAUUUUAUUUAUGUUAUGCCUCUCAGUAGGCAAAUAAGUAAAGCAAUUUUUAAAAAAAACAACCAAAAAACUUUUUUCUUUAGUUAUUUGAAACACUGUUGAUAUUCAAAGAUCGUAUUGCAAGAAAUAACUGUAGGAAAGAAAUAUGAAAAUGAAACAGAAAUGAAAUAAUGCAAGUGUAGAACAUAUAUCUUUUAUCAAAGUUAUUCUGAAAAUAAAAAUAAAAUCUGUUUCACUGUUUUAAUAAGUUCUCAUUACUUCACAUUUGCAAAUUAAUGAUUUUGUUUUGGACAUUAGUGCUCAUAUUUCUAUAGCUGCAUCAUGCUUAUAUAACCAUUUACAGUUUGAUGGACCACCUUUUUUUGUUGACAUUAAAUUUCUUAUUAUUUUGUUUAUUAUAUUUGCAUAAGAUAGCAGUAGUUGUCUAUAUUAGACAAUAAGUGUUCAGUUUUGAAUAGAUCAGAUUAGAAGAGUCAUAUACAUGUAUGUUAUGUGUACACGCAUGUACACGUAGGCUCUAAAUUUUGUUUUGAAUUGUCUUACAGAUAAUGUAGGGUAAAUUAUUGAUUGUUUAUGUUUAUUGUUGACUGCAAGGAACUUGAGAUCUGCUCUAUUUUGUAAGAAUGAGUUAUAAUCAGAUAUCUGUUAGUGAAAAGCAAAAAGCUUGCUAAAUAGGGAACAAAGUUUAAAACUGCCUGAAAACUUUAUGGUACAUGUCCCAACUUGACUUGUUCUUGUGCCAUUUUUAUCUUGCAUGCUUUUCGCUUGCUGGGAAAGAAUAAAAGAUUAUUCUGCUUGCAAGUAAGGUAACUGGUACAAGUCUAGUCAUCAAGGUCAGAUAAAACUUAAAUGCUUUCUACCUGCUGUCUUAUGACAGUAGGGUUACACAUUUGCUGUCUACUAACAAGUAAUAUGCUUUCUCCCUAAAAGUGGGUAAAAAAUUUACUAGCUGUCUUUAUAAAGUGGGAGACUAUAAAACUUGCUAUCCAUGAAAAAGUAGGUAACAGGCAUUUUGAUGUCUACAAGAAAGCAUAAAUAAAAUGUUACUUAAAGUCUGCCUAAAAGAUGUUUGAAAUAUUUCACGAUUCUACAUUAAGUGAGGUAACAAGUUGUUUGCAGUCAUUAUUAUGGAGUAUUUGUGUGUAUAUACUGUAUAGAAGUGGAGGCAGAGCUAUUAAGCUAUAAUCUCUUUUGUUAACUGUUCUGUGAUAGAUCUGAUAUGUGUUUUUUUUUCUGCACAAACAUUUUAACGCUCCAUCUCUGCCAUUAUGUCACUUGUAUAUUAUAAAAGUUAACCUUGCUCGGUAUUGUAUUUCGUAUUUUCUCAGUUGUUACUUUUUCAAUUUGAUAUUAAUAUUUCAUUAAUAGCACAAAUAAUGAAGGUUAAAAUCAAAAUGAAAUGGAAAAGAAGUGCUAUAUUAUAUUUGUAUGAAAUUAGAAAAUAAUUUAUUUAUUUUUGUAAAAUUGUAAUUUAAUCAUCAACUUAAAAAAAAAUCAAAAUGUAAAAGAUUAAGGAAAAUCAGUUUGCUUGAUUAUUAUAAUUUACUUUAAAACAAAAAGGGAAUCAGUAUGCAUAUGUAAGAUGUGUAUUAAAGAAACAUACUUAAUUUAAAAUCAUAUGUUAACACACAAAUUGAUGACAUAAUAGCAUAGCUGGUGUGUAUGUAUCAUUUUUUUACCACAAGUCAUCUGUUCAAUACUCUUGUUAGUGGGCUGUUGAUUAUCAUAAUAGUAAUGUGUGCGUUAUUUUCUUCUCUUCAAGGCUGUUACUAUAACAUUCCCCUCCCCUUUUAGAUGUUAUAUUUCAAGUAAAGAUACAAUCUUUUUUCAAUUAUCUUGUGUAGAAUAGCUUGUCACAAAAUUGAUGGAUUACACAUAGCAUUUUACUAAGACCCCCAGUGUUGAAUUUAUAUUUUCUUGGGCAGUCUACAUUUGAAUAGUCAAAAUACCUCAAACAUAGCUAAUAAUUUUUAUAAUUUUUGUAGGAUGAUGCAUAUUUGACAGUAAUUUUAGAUAGAAGCCAGAAUUGAGGUUUCAUUUUAAAUUUCUGUACAUAACAAGCCAUUAGCAUUACCAGUAUCUUGCCAAAGCUAAUGUCUUCGAACAAAUUUAUGUUGCACAGAUUGCACAUUUGUUGCUAGUUUAGGGAAAGAUUUCAGCUUGUUUUAACUGAUUUUUUUUUUGGCUAAAUGCUUACCACGCCACAUUCCUUUUGUGAGUUAGGUACACCUUUGUUAAUCGUGUAAACUUUACUUAAGGCUUUUACUGCAGAAUGAUUUUUUUUUGUCGUCAAGAUUUAUAAGGAUAGGAAAUAAAUAAAGGGAGGUAACAGUAUUAAUCAGUUUUGUAUAUGCUUGUUAAGUAAACAUUCCAUUAUGGUUUAUUGACUGUUUUACUUGACUACCUAAUGACUAGCUAAUUAGCAGAAUUUUAUAAGAGUAAGUUAGAUAUGAUUCAACCAUUUAAGUAAGUAGAAAUCUUAUCUUGUGUGUUUAUGAUGGCUUGAUGAUUAAACACUGUUUGCUAGCUUAUGUUUAUUUAAAGUAUUGCAAGAAAUAGAAAUUUUUUGGAAAAUCAAUGAGCUGCAUUCUUAACCGAGUACAUUAAAAUAUUUAAAAACUUGAACCAUUUAAUUAAUACAGGAGUCACUUUAAAAUGAUAACUUGAUUUGUCAUAUGGGUAAUUUAUGUGUUAUGUUAGAAGCCAUCUUUUCUCGUUUAAAUAUUAACUUCAGCAAAUUACGUCAGCCUUUUCAUUUAACAUUGUGUGCAAUAUUUAUAAAAUGUUUUUAUAUUUCUUGUACAUUUAUAUGAAACAGUUAAAUUAGAGAUUAGAAUUAUAGGAGAAUUGAACAACAACAACAACAUGAAUGAAAGAGAUAAUCAGUUUACAUAACACUUCACCAAAAGAUAUUGUAGAGACAUCAAAUGUCAUAGUGCAUUCUGUUUUAUUUAUUGUACUGUUACAAAAAUAAUUGAGCCACGUCACAACAAAACCAACAUAGUGCGUUUGCGACCAGCAUGGAUCCAGACCAGCCUGCGUAUCCGCACAGUCUGAUCAGGAUCCAUGCUGGUCGCUAUCAGUUUCUCUACUUGUAAUAGAGUUGGUAAGCGAAUAGCAUGGAUCCUGAUCAUACUGCGCGGAUGCAAACGAACUAUGUUGGUUUCGUCGUGACGCGGCUCAUAUGUUUUAAUUGAACAACAACUUUUUGAAUAUAACAUCGUGUUUUUAUGUUGAUAUUCGAGUCGUAAUAGUGAUAUGUUGAUAAACACAGUAGUAUAGGAAUGCAUAUAUUUGUGAAGCACUUAUAUUCUAGUAGAUGAUGUGUUAUGUAGUAAAGUUUUAAAACAAUGCAUUUCUUCGACAUCUUUUAGGUCACUAUUAGUGAUUUUUAUUUUUGCGUACCACUAUAACAUCUAACAAUGCACUAUAGUGAUUUGUUUUAACAUGUUACUGUCAGUCAAAAAUAUAAUCAAAAAGUUUGAUACGAUAGUUGACCAAUGACAAGAUAAUGUUUAUUGUAAGUCAUCUUAGAGGUUUUUAUUAAAUUGCUGUAUAGAAUGUAUAUAAUACAUAAACUCUAUUGCAUGUAUUAGACUAGCAUUGUUUUCAAAUAUGUGCUUAGCUUUCCACACGGUGUUUGAUAUCUAUAGAGAAAGAAUAUUGUUGUUUGAGAUAACUUGUUGUAUCAUGUUAAUUUAGAGCCUAUAUACCAUCUGGCUUUGUGCUAUAUUGAAGAAUUUCAUGAAAUAAAGAGAAUCCAACUUGA